CACGUCUCCAGUUUUCACUUACACGUCAGUCAUGGCUAGCAAGAAAGAAAAGGCCCAGAAAUCAUUAACCAAAGAAGAAGAACUACUUCUCCAGGAUUUCAGUCGUAAUGUGUCUACGAAAUCAUCUGCUCUAUUCUAUGGCAAUGCUCUGAUCGUCUCAGCUAUACCCAUAUGGCUGUUUUGGAGGAUACACCAGAUGGACCUAUAUCAGUCUGGGAUUCUCUUUGCUGUAGGAACACUUGUCAGUACUUACCUUGUGGCCUAUGCUUACAAGAAUGUCAAAUUUGUCCUCAAGCACAAAAUUGCUCUCAAAAGAGAAGAGGCAGUUACUAGAGAGAUGACCAAAAAGUUUGCUGAUGACAAGAAAAUGACAAGAAAGGAGAGAGAUGAAAGGAUCCUGUGGAAGAAGAACGAGGUUGCGGACUAUGAGGCCACCACUUUCUCCAUCUUCUACAACAACGCCUUCUACCUGGUUCUCCUCAUCCUCUGCUCCUUCUACGUCCUCAAGAACUUCGGACCCAUGUUUAACUACCUGAUGUCUGUUGGGCUGGCUGCUGGUCUUCUAGCUCUGUUCUCCACAAGUAACAAAUGAAUUACCGCCCAAUUACAAGAGCAGCAGAUCGUCUUAGCAGGGGAAAAGAGAGCAGAAUACCUGACUAAUAAAAGCAGAGAAAAUCACAAAGACACCAUUAUCUACUUCUUUAAGAAAUAUCAGAUAUCAAUUUUGAAGAAUUUUUGUAUAUUUUUUAAAGACUUCUUAAAAUUGUGUUAUAAAACUUUUGGUAUAAAGCCAAAGAGAAGAAAAUUAUGCAUUUCAAUGUAGAAUUAAAUUAAUGUUAUAUUUUUA